AUGGACGCCUCAUGCUUUGACCGAUGCAGUCCACAUGGCCAGAAACUUCUCCUGUCAGUUUUCUGGGAUUCGCCAGUAAUGUUGUUUUGGGAGUUACUGGACGACCAUCAGACUGUCAAUGCCGAAGCCUACGUGAAUCAACUACAGAAGUUGGCGAACGCUGUUAAAGAAAAAAGGCCAAAACGUCUCGAAGUAUCAUUACUUCAUGAUAAUGCAAGACCACAUACGGCGAAAAUGUCCUGUAAAUUUCUAGACGAGCUCGCGUUUAUAUCAAGCUACCGUGAGCUGACAGUGAUUUUAGUGGACUAUGCUUUAGUUGCUUCUAUGGAUUAUGCAACAGCAAUGAACGCAGUACCAUUUGUUGCUGACGAUAUCAUCGCUUUGAUAAUCCAACUGGAGGCUGCCAACAAGAUUGAUCGUAGCCUGGUUCAUAUUGUGGGCUUUGAUAUUGGAGCACACAUUGCUGGACUUGUUAGCAGAGAUUCGCGUGCUCGAGUUCAGAGAAUAACUGGUUUAUCUCCCGCCGGGGAAAAUUGGGAUUCCUUUUCCCGUCGUUUACGAGCCACCGACGCUAAUUACGUCGAGGUCAUCCACACCGAUUACACAGGCUCGAGGGCUUUUGGCAUUAGCGAGACAAUUGGUACAGUGGAUAUAUUCGCUAACACUGGCACAAGUCAACCAGGCUGUUCGAACAACCAGUGCAACCACGACCGGGCCUGGCAGCUGUUUGGGGCGACACUGGACAUGGGUGGCCAUUUGGUGGGUCUUCGAUGUGAUUCUCUUACGGACAUGACCAGAAAUCGAUGUGUCGGUGCUCCCGCUGUUUCCUUGGGUACCAAUGAUUUAUUUAAACUGGGAACUGGAAUUUACCGGGUCAAUACGGGCAGAGCGUACCCGUACAACUCCUGAGAAGUUUCGAGAUUUAUUAACAUUGUUCCAAAUUGUUAUAAUAAAUGUUAAGUGCCCAA